AUGGUAACAGGCGCGGUCUCCGCCAUGGCGGCAAAUCAAGCCGAGCGUUUAAAGGAAGACGGUAACAGUUGCUUUAAGAAAGAACGUUUCGGUGCCGCCAUUGACGCUUACACCGAGGCGAUAACCUUGUCUCCGAAGGUUCCAGUAUAUUGGACAAAUCGAGCUCUUUGCCACAUGAAGCGAAAGGACUGGACUAGGGUUGAAGAGGAUUGUCGCAAGGCUAUUCAUCUUGACCACAAUUCCGUCAAGGCCCACUACAUGCUAGGACUUGCGUUAUUGCAGAGGCAAGAAUAUGCUGAUGGAGUCAAACAGUUGCAAAGGGCUUUAGAUCUUGGAAGAUGUGCAAAUCCAACAGGAUAUAUGGUAGAAGAAAUAUGGGAAGAGCUUGCUAAAGCAAAAUACAUGGAGUGGGAACUGGUUUCUGCGACACGCUCGUGGGAAUUGAAUAGCUUGAAGGAAACUUGUGAGGCUGCUCUUAAUCAUCAACGUGCGUUAGAUAUGUCUCGAACAGAGGAGUCCUCGGAAGAAUCUUAUUAUUCCCAUACUGAGCGGUUGAAAGCUCUUGAUCGAGUGUUUGAGAAAGCUGCAGAAGACGACAAACCAACUGAGGUGCCAGAUUAUUUGUGUUGCAACAUUACUCUAGAGAUAUUCAGAGAUCCUGUGAUUUCUCCAAGUGGGGUUACAUAUGAAAGAGCAGCAAUCCUGGAACAUAUUAAUAAGGUGGGGAAGUUCGAUCCAAUAACGCGUGAAAAACUCGACCCAUCAAAACUCGUACCGAAUCUGGCUAUCAAGGAGGCAGUGGCUGCGUAUCUAGAAAAACACGUCUGGGCUUACAAAGUGGGUUGUUGA